CUAUCGAGUGCUUUGUUGCCGUUCAUCUCACCAAACAGCGAAGAUGUCGACGCACUUUAGCGCAAAUCAGUACGAGAAAGAAUUCGCUGCUCGUAGGUUGCAGAACUGGGAAAUUCCCAAGAGAUUCAAAGAGCGUCCAUCAACUUUUGAAGGCUUCACCCAGCCAAUUAGCAAUGACCAAGGACACAUUUUGCCAGGGAUCCCACGCUCUUCAAAGAGUCCCUGGGGUGAGUUUGUGGGUACAUGGGAAAUGAAAAAACCUCCUCUUAAAACAAAGACCAUAAAGACAAAUGCAAUAUCCACAAGCAUGCAAAAAGAAACAGAGCCACCUGCACGCACACCGAGUCCUAAAAAAGAAGAAACUGCAGACAAAGCAAGGACUCCAACACCCCAGCCAGAAGAAGUAUGGACACCAAGCCCACAAGAAGGGAAAACAAGCCCACGUCCACCAAGCCAGAGUAGUCAAUGUAAAAAGUCACCCAGCCCUGUUGUGGCAAAAACCCCUGAACCAGCUGCUCCAUCUCCUGUUAAGAGCCGCACUGAAGAAAAUGGCCCACCCAAGAAUGUGGUUAUGUUUUCAGACCCAGCUUGAUGUUUGUACAGUACCAUGUAAUCUGCAAGUAAUUCCUUCUCUAAGCAAUUGCAAAAUAAAUAUACCAAGUUAUGAAACUUCA